AUGGUUUCUCUUUCUCAUAUCAUAUGGAUACUAAUCCUUUUUGAACAUAAUGAACUUUUCGAAAAGUACAUAAUUGGAAAAGGCGCAGUAGAAGGAAAAAGAACCCACCGAUUCCUAUCUGAAAUGCACGAACAACAACUUGUAAUGAAUGAAAAGUUUCAAAAAAACGAGAAAAGUGAAAAAAAAGAACCUUCAUCAUUUGUGGGUUCAGAAGAAUCUUUAGAUGCCAGCGAUUCACAAGAAAAUGAAAUGACGACAAGUUCUAGCCAGGUAGUAAAAUAUAAUAAAAAGAAAUUAAAAUCUCUAAAUAAUGCAUUAAAAUAUAAAGAUAAAGAAAAGAAAACUCAAUUUGAUGCAAUCAAAUAUGGUAAAUUAUAUAGUGUAGAAAAUGAUGUUGUCAUAAAAUUUAGUAAUAAGAUGGGAAAGAUAAAAGAUGGGUUAGAAAAAUAUAUUAAAAAAUUAGACGAUUCAGAUUAUGAUGCUAUACAUUAUACAGAUAAAGAAAUAGAAGGACAAUAUUUUGGUGUUCAGUAUAAAAAAGUAGAACAUCUACAACCACAUGAUAUUUUUUAUUUCAAAAGUGAAAAAAAGCCAAAUAAAUUUAUAAAGUUUUUAUUUAAAAAUAGAGAAAAGAAAAAAGAAGCAUUAUCCGAUUAUACUGUUAAAAAAUUGAAUAAGAAAAUAAAACAAAAUGAUUAUUAUGUAUUACCAAAAAGUAUUCGGGAAAAACCAUUAUUAAAUUGUUCAUUAAUAGAAAAAGAUGGGUUCAGUUAUCCAACAGUAAAACGAGCAAUUUCUCAUUAUCCAGAAUAUACAGCUUUACCUGAUCAAUUAAUUCCUAUAAAUAAAAAAUCAAUUUUUGAAGCAAUAAUAAAAGAUCGUCCUUUGAAACGUAAGCAAAUCAAACCUUGUGUUAUCAUAGGUGCCUAUGAAACAGAAAAACCAGAUCAUUACAUUACCAAAGAUAAUAAAAAACAUAAACACUCCCAAAACUGUGCUAUUAAAGGAAAUAAACCAAAGGAAUCUAAAAAGAAAACCAAAGAAGAUGAUAAUACAUUGGAACACACAAAGGAAACUAAAAAAUUGGAGAAUCAACAGGAAUCUACAAUCUAUGGUAUAGAAGCUGCAAAUGAAUUAUAUGGCCCAGAAAUAACUGCAGUAGACAAAGACAAGGAAGAGAUUAUAUUUUUAAGUGAUCAAGAAGAUGACACGAAGGAACACACAGAUAUACUCGUGUCUGAUGGGCAGCCUGCAGAAGUAGAAGGUGAAGAAGUGGAAGGUGAAGCAGUGGAAGGUGAAGAAGUGGAAGGUGAAGAUGUGGAAGCAGAAGAAGUAGAAGCAGAAGAAGUAGAAGCAGAAGAUGUGGAAGCAGAAGAAGUGGAAGGUGAAGAAGUAGAAGCAGAAGAAGUGGAAGAAAUAACACCAUCUGAAGAAGAGACAGUUGAAGAAGUGGAAGAAAUAACACCAUCUGAAGAAAAGGCAGUAGAAGAAGAAGUGGAAGAAAUAACACCAUCUGAAGAAAAGGCAGUAGAAGAAGAAGUGGAAGAAAUAAUACCAUCUGAAGAAGAAGCAGUAGAAGAAGAAGUGGAAGAAAUAACACCAUCUGAAGAAAAGGCAGAAGAAGAAGUGGAAGAAAUAACACCAUCUGAAGAAAAGGCAGUAGAAGAAGUGGAAGAAAUAACACCAUCUGAAGAAAAGGCAGUAGAAGAAGUGGAAGAAAUAACACCAUCUGAAGAAAAGGCAGUAGAAGAAGUGGAAGAAAUAACACCAUCUGAAGAAGAGACAGUUGAAGAAGAAGCAGUAGAAGAAGAAGCAGUGGAAGAAGAGGCACCCGAAGAAGAAGCAGUAGAAGAAGUAAAAUCUAAAGAAGAAAAGAAAUUUGAACCAAUCGACGUAGUCAAAUUUGACGCCGUACCGAAAGAUGUAGAACCCAUAGAACACAAAAUGAAAUACCACGUAGUGGAAUUCGGAGAAAUGAAAGAGUUUGAUACGGAGUUGUAUGAUUUUAAUGAUAUUCUGUAUCAAAUAGCUGUUUCAUUUUUAAAAGAAUUAGAGGCUGCGAAGAGUUCAAGUCAAAGGAAGAAAGUAAAAAAGUCUGCAAAAAUUGCUACAGAAAAUUUGGUAAAACAUUAUAUGGAACAAAAAAGGAGACACAAAUAG